AUGGAAAUCCCAGAUAACCCCGACCAGCCGUGUCUCUCAUGUACCAAACAGUGGUGUUUAAACCAGAAUCUACCUAUAUGUGCUGGAGCUUCCUUGGGGGUUGCAAAUCCAGAUACAGCAACAGGGAAAGAAGGUGAUGUCGAAGCACGCUGUUUCCAACGAGAUUCUCCCCGAGAUCAGCUUGUAGUCACACUCUUCUUGCUAACUGUCUUUGGCCUGCUUCUUGGUGCAGGUAUCAAGGGCCGAAUGAUCAAGGCCGGACUUGAUACCAACAUCUCCUGGGGUGCAAGCCGCAGAUGGUGGGAGGCGUGGGUUCCGCAGACGCAGCCUGAAGACAUCCGGCUGGAGCUGAGCAAUCGCGUGCGUGGGUUUUGGUCCCGGGGUGGAGAGGAGAAUCGGCGGGAUCAAUACGCAGGUGUCCCUAACGCACCAGAACCGUGA